AUGAAUAAAGGGCUUGAAACUGGAAAAGGGAUAGCUGAAAUGCUUGAAAAUAUUGAAUUUGAUAAGUUUUUAUCAAAGAUUGGAAAAAGUGUUGGUGGGUACCUCGGUGCAAUAGGUCCUUUCAUAGGUUUCAUAAUUGCAUUAUUUCCAUCCGAAUCUAAGGAGUUGGCUUACAUGAAAGAAAUGAUGAAAGCUAUUGACAGACGAUUUGAUCGAAUGGAUAGGCGAUUUGACAACAUCGAACAAAUGAUUAAGUGGAGCGUCGUGAAAAUCAGUUUCGGGCAGAUUGAACAAAAGAUUAAGGCAAUGACCCGAGAAUUCGAAUAUCUGUAUAGUGUUCCCCCUGCUGCUGUGGAAAAUAGAAGGAAGCUUUAUAUUUCGAAUUAUGACAGUGAUUACCAGAAUAGCGGCACGAAAUUAUAUCAAUCCAUUGUCAAUAAACAAGGUACAUUUCAAGAAGAUCUUGGAACUUCUGUAAUGCGUUUCACUAAGAAUGACCGCAAAAAGACUCAGGUAUUUCUUCUCGGAGUCAUGCAACUUCUCUUGCAAGCUGUAAAAAUAGAGUUAUCUUAUCUUUUUGCGAAGAUCUAUACUGAUAAUGGAAAUUUCAUGACGUCACAAUGGAUAAAUAGAAUACAGGAGGUCCGAACGAGGUUUGAGCACAUUGACGUAGAAUGCAUAAAUAUAUAUUUCUCUCAAUCCAGUAAGGAUAUUGACGAAUAUUCUGCUAAAAACUAUGGUAAGCCGAAUAAACAAUUUGCCAAUGAACUAUACAAUCUGCUUUCUGGAAAGUACUAUUGGAGGGAUUGGAUUGUUGUAUCAUAUAACCCUAUAUACGGCCGUCAAUGGCAUAUGAUGCGUGUCACAGGAGGACAGACACUAUUAAGAAAACACGGAAGAAACCUGUUAGUAACAAGUGUGGACAAGAAUCACCCGGUUAUGAAUGUAAAAAGAGCUAAAAAGAAAUUGAACAGAAUACGAUUACAAAAAAGACUUUACCAAAACGCACGUUGUGUGUCUCGUUGGCAAGAUUGUCUAUCGGCUAAAAAUAUAUACAACUCCAUGGAUAAAACAGGAGCAUCAUUAGUGAGUGUUAUAGUAUGUCGUACGGGAUUAGCUAUCAGGGGUCAAGUAGACAGGCUCUUAUCCGAUAUGAGAUGGCCAUUUUUCUGGCUAGUCCUAUGGGGUUGA